AUGUCUGAACUGAAAUCGGGUUCUCCAAAGGCCUCCGCCGCCUCUGCCUCUGCCUCUGCCUCUACCUCUUCUAUCGACGAUGUUGAAAAAUCCUCUUCUCCUGUCACUUUCGAAUCACACGACGAAAAAGAUUUAAAAGUCCAGCAAUUAGCAGAAUCCAUGGGGAUCAAUCACCGCAAAUUGAUGUGGAAAGUCGACUGCUGUGUCGUCCCUCCAUUGGCGUUACUCUACUUCCUCUCGUUCCUUGACCGGGUCAACGCCAGUAAUGCCAAAGUUUACGGGAUCACCAAGUCCUUGAAUUUGACCGGUGAUCAAUUCAACACCUGUUUAACCGUUUUCUUCGUCCCUUACAUCUUCUUUGAAUUGUCUUCCAACUACGCUUUGAAGUUUGUCAAACCUCAUAUCUGGCUCAGUUCUUGUAUCUUCUUUUUUGGUUGCAUCACAAUUGGCAUGGGGUUUGUGAAAAAUUUCGGCCAAUUGAUCACUUGCCGUGUGUUACUCGGUGUCUUUGAAGCGUCGACUUUUUGUGCAAUUUUCUACAUCUUAUCCAACUUUUACGCCAAAGCAGAAAGUCAAAAAAGAUUCUCGGCAUUCUUUAGUUGUACUUGUCUUGCCGGUGCCGCUGGUGGGGCCAUUGCCUACAAAAUCAAUGACUUGGAUGGUAAAUACGGGAUCGAAAGUUGGCAAUGGAUCUUCAUCAUUGAAGGGACUUUCACCGCCGGUUUAGCCUUAUUUUUGUAUUUUGUCGUUCCGGAUUUCCCAGAAAACUGUCGUUUCUUGAAUGAAAAUGAACGUAGUUUCAUUAAACAAAAGUUGGCCAUCUACAACGGUGAUUCAGGUUUCGAAUUCAAAUACACUCCAAAAGAACUUUUCGCGGUGUUCAAAGAUCCUUUGAUAUGGCUCACUGCUUUUGCAUACUUUGGAUUGAUUAUUCCAUCUUACGCGUACGCUUAUUUCGCCCCUACCAUCAUUGCCCAAAUGGGUUACACCGGUGUUGAAGCUAACCAAAGAUCUAUUUACCCAUGGUUGAUGGCCUUUGGCUGGACCAUCAUCAUCGCUUGUAUUUCCGAUAAAUUGAAGAGAAGAUUGCCAUUUGCUUUGUUGAACUCGAGUAUUGCCAUCGUUGGCCUUGCAAUUGUUCUUGCUUGCAAACAUGAUAUUCAUGCUAGAUACGCUGGGUGUUUCUUGGCCGUCACUGGUCUUUAUUCUGCUAUGCCUUCUCUUAUUUGUUGGUCCUCUUUGAACUACGGCGGUCAUCUUAGAAAAGCGGUCGGUACCAGUUGGCAAGUGGGUUUUGGUAAUAUCGGUGGGAUCAUUGCUACUUAUCUUUUCUUGAGUAAAGAUGCCCCGUACUUUGUCACUGGCUUAUCCGUUAGUAUUGCCUUUGUGGUUUUCGCUAUGAUCUUUAUGGUCAUUCUUUUCAUCUAUUACUAUAAAGAAAACCAAAAGAAAUUGACCUAUGAAUACCAACAGAAAUUUGAAUCCCUCACUCCAAGAGAAAAAGCUAUUUGGGGUGAUAAGGGUCCUUAUGUUCCAUAUUUAUAUUGA